UAGUAUUUGAGAUAUCGAAUUUAUUCCAAAUUACAGACUCUCUCUGUAUAAUAAACUCGGAUAAUUUAAUUUUUAAACAUUAUAUGACUUGAAACAUAAGAAUGAAAUAUUCACCGCUUCCCUUGGGGGCUGUCCAUUAAUCACGUGAUGCUCGAAAGGGGGGGGAGGGGUCCAUAAAAAAUCACGAAACAUCACAAGGGGGUAGGGGGGUGUAGUAAUAUAUCACGUGUAUUUUUUUUUCGGAAAAUGCCCGAUACUCAACCCGUUGCGUGUAUUUAUUUUUUCGUCAAAUGCGUACAAAAAUCGAAAGCGGCAUUGCUGUGACUAAUAUUAAAAAAAAUCCAUUUCUCUUUUUCAUAAUACACAACCCAGCAAAUUGGUUCUACCCAAAUAUCUUGAAUGUUAUGAUAAGAAACGACCCAUUUCAAAUCGUUUUGUUGUGAAUAUAGCAUAUGUUUCCACUAAAUAGGAAUACUGACCGGAACUCUGUCGCUGUCUCCGACUUUUUAUAUUUACGAGCCUUUAGUCUUUUACAUGUGUUUUACCUACUUAUCUGAUGAAUUGGAAAUUCUCAAAAUCCUGUCAGUUUUAUUCCGUUGUUUUGUCACUGAAUACAUGCGUUUAAACUGUUUUUAACUUCGUACUUUUUUUCAUCACAAUGUCUAAGCUAGGUGAUCUGUAUAAAGAACUAUUUACAGAGUAUAAGAAAGGAAAAAAUCCUGGGGUCGCUCAAAAAGAAUUUAAUGAAUUGUGGGUUAACGGGAAACAAAAAUAUACAAAGGAAGAAUUUAUAAAGUGGGCCAAUGAUCUUUUACUAGAUUACCGCCGAAAGAACCAAGCAAAGAGGUCUUCCAAUAUUCUCUUUUAUUAUUCUACUACUAAAAAGGUAAGUUAAAAUUUGUAUGUGACUAUAUAUUUUUAUAGACAUUGUUCUAAUACUAAGAAUUCACCUGUAGUUUUAUUUGCAGUAUUAUGUUAUUGUUAAAUCUUACAUUUUUUUUCUACAACCGUGUUAAAAAUAAAAUUUUUAGCACUCCAUACGAGCGUUAAAAAUGCUACUUUAAGGCACUAGUGCCAUAAAAUAUUUUUAAGGCACUGCAAUUCGUAUUGACCGUAUAGACAAUUUUGAUGUAAUGUCAAAAAAAUAUAAAAAUGGAAUGUCAGUCAAGUUCAAGUAAAAGUUUUUGUAGAUAUUGUCCUGUAAUUACGUUUGUAGAAAAAAUAUUGUAUGAUAUGCGUGUUAAAAAGUACAUUUUUAAGGCACUCAUGUGAAGUGCAGAACUCGCUAUCGCUCAUUCUGCAAACUUUCACAUGCGUGCCUUAAACGUGUACUUUUAACACUUAUAUCAUAAAUAACUUUUGUAACAUUGAUAAAAUAAAUAUAAUUACUUUACAAAUAAAAACAUAGCGUACACACCUACAGUUGAGUCCACGAGUCUUUACCCGUGCGUCAUCAUUUAAAGCAUACGAAAUAAGUCGAUGAUAAACUCGGAAAUUGAAAUUUACUAAACGCAAUAGCAAGUGACAGUAAGUAGUAGCUACCUCUCCUAUCACGGGUUAAAAUUUGAGUUAUCAAAAAUAUGUGUUUUAUCUCGCCAGGUAUUAAUGACGCACGGGUAAAGACUCGUGGACUGAAGUGUACCUUAUGUAUUACUUAAAUCCAAAACAUAUCUUUUAAUUCGUGCCAUUUUGAAUUCUUUAUUUUAAUAUUAUAUGAAACAAAAUUGCUGGGGUUGAUAAUAUUAUCAUUACUUGUUUGCAUGAUAAUUAAUAUUAUUAAAUUUUCAGAAUGCCAGUGAGAACAAUCCUAUUUCGUCAAACACAUCCAAUGACACCGACAAUGACACUAUUAAAUGCGAAUCGACAGGUGCUCGGAAACGCAAAGCUGAUGAUUUGGAGUUUAUUGACGAGAAUUCACCGGAUAUUACAGCAAAUGCAAGCAGCUCUAUCCCGCAUCCUGUACAUGCUGCUCCUGCACAGAAUUCACCAGAUAAACCAAAUGCAAGCAAAUCUAUAUUGCAGCCUGUACGUGCUACUCCAGCACAGGAUAAGUUGAAGAAUCAGAUCUCCCUUCUUCAAAUGGAACUGGACUUAGCUGUCCGUCGUAGGGAUUCUCUGGGCGCUAGUGAAGAUAAGACUCGUGAUGUGAUGAAACUGCGCCAAGAAAUUGAUAAAUGCAAAAAAGAACUGCGGAAGAAAGAGCAACAUAUGCGUCACUCCCAGUCACAUAGAUUAUCAAUACAAUCAAAGAUUAAACUUGCUUGCAAUCAGAGUCCAACAGUAGCUAGUCUUCUUAAGACGCGCUCAACACCAGGUCGCCCACGCUUGGAAGAACAGCAACCGCUAUUGCUAAAAACUAUCGUUGAUUUGGCUAUGUUUGGUGCUUCUGCGGAGGAGCGACGUCGCUCAGAAAUUGUUCGCAGUUGCCGAACACUAACUGACCUCCACGAGAAACUAAAAGAGCACGGUUUUGAAAUUUCGAGAAGUGGCACAUACCUUCGAUUGCUCCCAAGAAAUUAUACGACCGUGGAGAGUAAAAGACAUGUAGUUACUGUGCCUGUCAAAUUGAGUCGCCCUGAGGCAGAUCGCCAUAAAGCUCAUGUCGAUCAACAUUUUUGUGUCGCCACAAUAAGAUCGCUAGAAACGCUAGCAUCUAUUCUUGGACCUAACCAAGUAUUUUUUCUGUCGCAAGACGACAAAGCUCGGGUGCCUAUAGGCUUGACAGCGGCAAAUAAGCAAGCUCCUCUCCUGAUGCAUGUCCAGUAUCGUGUCUCAUUGCCUGAUCAUGAUUGGGUAAUAGCUACGAGGCACAAAUUGAUCCCUAGUGUAUAUGCUGGGUGCAUCAUAAAAGAUAAUGAAAUGGGCCGUGCUGAAGCAGUCACAUACUCAGGGCCAACAUACGUGGCGAUUAGAAGUGGCAAACAUUCUUCUUCGACAGCUUCUACUCAUGAUGUGGACUUUGAUAAGCUUGCUACUCUAAACAAUUUCGAGAAAAUUAUGCGGGAUGAAGAAGGACGCCUAAAACCAGUUGUUUUAAUUUCAUGUGAUGGAGGACCCGACGAAAACCCGAGAUAUCCAAAGGUUAUUGCCCAUGCCAUAGACAACUUUAUCAAGCAUGAUCUAGAUGCAAUGUUUGUUUUUACAAAUGCACCUGGCAGAAGCGCGUUCAAUCGAGUCGAGAGAAGAAUGGCCCCUUUAAGCAGAGAAUUAUCUGGUCUCAUACUUCCACAUGAUUCUUAUGGAACCCAUUUAGACGAACAAGGGAGAACAAAAGAUCAUGACCUUGAAAAAAAGAAUUUUAAGAAGGCUGGUGAAGUUCUCUCAGAAGUAUGGACUAACAUGGUUAUUGACGGCCAUGGCGUCGUAGCAGAGUAUGUCGAGCCAGAUAACAGUGCUGAAACUUUUGUUCCGGAUCUGCCUUCCCAGCAAUGGUAUAGCCAACAUGUGCGAGAGAGCCAAUAUUUACUUCAGGUGGUGAAGUGUGAUGAUCGCGCUUGCUGUGGACACAUGCGGAGUUCUAUACGAACCAUUCUUUCGGAACGCUUCGUUAUACCUCCUUACCCGAUUCUGCAGGGGUCCAGUGGCCUUUACAUUCCAAAGCCUGAAGACCAUGAUGGCAAGACGUUUGCUCCAUUUCUUCUGCGUCGGUCUCUCGACAUUGCUCCAAUAUAUGAAGACUUCGGCAAAUUGGUUUAUGACCAGUAUUGUCCUAGCCUGCAGAAGGAUCAUCAUAUAUUGUUGGAGAGGACAUGUCAGCGGUGUGCACUUUACUUCUGUACCAAGAAAAAAGCCAAGGCACAUGAGAAUUCUUGUCACAUAAAGCAGCUGCAUUCGACCAAUAACACUCUGGAGAUGUUACACAAUGUUCGUCCUUCCCGCAUCCUCACGCGACGGUCGAACGGUAGAUCGAGAGAGAUUCUUUGUGUAGUGCGCGAAAAUGAUGACGCUGAGUGGCUCGAUGAAACCGAUGUUGAUCUUCAACAAAACAGUGUGCCAACAAAUGAUUUACAAGAUGCUUAUCCAGUUAUUGGUGUUGAGGAAAGUCUUGCCAAUCCGUGGUCCGAAGAUACCCUACAUUAAAGAUUGUUUACAUAACCUACACAUUAUUUAUAAUACAUUUAGUAAUAUAAUACUAAUUUAGUACAAAAAUUUUCUCGCAUUUCUUUCAUUAUUUUAUGUCAGUCAAAAACAACCUACAACCUUUCUGUCUACCUCUAAACGUUAUUAUUGUGGUCUUUAAUUUUUUAUAAUAAAAUUAGAUGAUGUG